GCUGCUUUCUGACUCAUGUGGUCCCCUGUCUUUUUGUGAGGUGGGUGUGUAAAUGAGGAAGUUCUAAACUGAAAGGAGAGGUUGUUCUCUUGGCUUGGAAGCGAUCUGAAGCCACUUGUUAGCUGUCUGCGAUGUAAGGGCAAAAUGCAUGAUAGCAAUUGUGUGGAGAAAGCCUGUGUGCCGGUGGAAUUGCUGAGAAACCCAAAUUACCUGACUUCAAAAAAGCAUUUUACUAAAGUUAAACCAAAUAGAGCCUUUUCCUUCAUCAUCACAUGUUUCAUACUUAUAUUGAGUGGAAUAAUUAUAUAUGUUGUAGUAACUAGAAGAAAAUUCCAUCAAAUACCGCCAGAGUGCCUUGAAGCUGCAUGCCCAGAAAACUGGAUUGGUUUCCAAAGAAAGUGUUUCUAUUUUUCUGAUGACAUCAAAAAUUGGACAUUCAGCCAGAGGUUUUGUGUCUCACACGGUGCUGAUCUUGUUCAGAUUGAAACCCUCCAGGAACUGGAUUUCCUAUUGCGGUAUAAAGGCCCCUCUGACCACUGGAUUGGGCUCAGCAGAGAAGAAGGCCAACCAUGGAAAUGGAUAAAUGGCACUGAAUGGACCAGAUGUUUUCCUAUUAGAGGAGGAGGAGAGUGUGCCUAUUUGAAUGACAACGGUGCCAGUAGUGCUAGGCACUACACGGAGAGAAAGUGGAUCUGUGCCAAAGAGGACACAUACACCAAGAUCAGGAGGCAAAAUGCAACGUAACUCUUCCCUUGUGAAUUGCACUCCUUCCCGAAUGUGUCUUAGCCCUGACAGUGUGGAACCUGCUGCGGAUUCUCUCUCUUGCUCCCCAUCAAAAAGAAACAUUAUAAAAAAUGAGCACCCGGAGAGACUGCCACAUAUAAUUGCUUUGUAUCCGGGUGCUGUUGUGUUACUCAACUUUGUAACUUUUCUCCGAAAACCCCGAGCAACCCAAAAAGCUUUCCUUCUAGAAUCCUCAUUGAGAGAAUAAAAGCGGUUUCUUUUGUACAUAACUUCUUGGCCUGAUUGCACUUUCAGAACAUUCCUUAGUGUUGGCAACAUAAGGUGACAUUCUUUACGUGCCUUCUCACUUACGUAAAAUACGAGACUGAAUGAAAAGGGCAACAUCUUUUGAAAAGUCCUUGCGUACUUUACAAGUUUUAAUUCCUCUUGAUUGGAAGAUACUCCUUAAACAUCAAAAAUCUCAGCAUUUUUUUUCUCCUCAACCUCAUUAAAAUGUUAACUUUUUUUUCAUUUU